AUGGCCAGGAGGAAGGGGGAGAGGAGGGGAAGAAGAAGUAGUUGUUGCAGAAGCAGAAGAAGAGUUUUUGCAGAAGAAGAAGUUGUUGUUGAAGAAGAAGGAGAAGAAGUUGUUGAAGAAGAAGAAUCCUACUCUGAACCGCCUGAGGAGGCCAAGCUCUUUGUGGGAAACUUGCCUUAUGAUUAUGACAGUGCUAGACUGGCUGAGCUUUUUAAUAAGGCGGGUGUGGUUGAGAUUGCAGAGGUUAUCUACAAUAGGCAAACUGAUCAAAGUCGAGGAUUCGGGUUCGUGACAAUGAGUACAGUGGAAGAAGCAGAGAAGGGGGUAGAGAUGUUCAGCCGUUAUGAUCUAGGUGGUCGACUUCUGACUGUGAACAAGGCUGCUCCUAGAGGAUCACCACCUCAGAGGGUUUUUGAACCUUCUUUCAGAAUAUAUGUCGGUAACCUGCCGUGGGAAGUGGAUAAUGGUCGGCUAGAGCAAGUGUUUAGUGAACAUGGUAAGGUAAUUGAUGCCAGAGUUGUAUAUGACCGUGAGACUGGGCGUUCUCGUGGUUUUGGAUUCGUAACAAUGGCUAGUGAGACAGAAGUCAAUGAUGCCAUAGCUGCUCUGGAUGGGCAGAGUUUGGGUGGAAGAGCUAUUCGGGUGAAUGUGGCAGAGGAACGUCCAAGACGCAACUUCUUCUAGGACUGAAGAAUUCUUAUAGUGGGUGAGAUGUGCAUCAUGCCUAUAGAUCAAUCGCAACUUUUCAUCAUUUUCUUCUUAUGAGUUUUGAUUAUUACCCUUGAUACGUGUUCUUGUAAAAGCGGUUUCUAUCAUUAAUAUUUUCUUCUUUAAAUUUUCA